AUGGCUGAUGUAGGUGGCUGGAGCACUAUUGAGUCAGACGAGGGUCUCUUCACCUCUCUGAUUGAGACACUCGGAGUAAAAGACACCCAAUUCGAAGAACUCAUCUCUCUAGAUGCAGACACAAUCCGGUCUUUAGGCCCCGUCUACGGCGUAAUCUUCCUCUUCAAAUGGACCCGCGAAACAAACAGCGCACGCGCCGAAGCCCCCCAAGACGGAACCUACGACCAAACACCCCCAGACAACCUCUUCUUCGCCGCCCAAACCAUCCAAAACGCCUGCGGCACGCAAGCCAUCCUCUCCGUAAUCCUAAACCACGACAACCCCCCGGCCCCGGAACCACCCAUCAUCCUCGGCGACGAGCUACGCUCCUUCAAAGAAUUCACAACCGGAUUCCCGCCCGAGCUGCGCGGCGAAGCGCUCUCGAACUCGGAGGCAAUCCGGAGCGCACACAAUAGCUUUGCGCGGGCGAGUCCGUUUGCGGAUGAGACGGCGCGGCCGCAGGAUGAUGAGAAGGGGGCGGAUGUUUACCAUUUCAUUGCGUAUACGCCUGUGAACGGGACUUUGUAUGAGCUUGAUGGAUUGCAGCCGUAUCCUAUUAGCCAUGGGGCGUGUGGGAGUGAGGAGUUUCCUGAGAAGGUGAUUGAGGUUUUGCAGAGGCGGAUUGCGAGGUAUCCGCCUGAGGAAACGCAUUUUAAUCUUAUGGCUGUUGUGAGGGAUCCGAGGGGGAGGGCGAGGGAGAUUGGGGAUGUGGAGACGCUUGAGAGGGAGGAGAGGGAAGAGGGCUGCGUGGCAGUGGGAGAAUACGCUGCGGCGGCAUAA